AUGGGAUGGGACCGGGUGGGAUGGGAUGGGAUCGAGUCUCUCUUGUCAAACGUAGCUCUCGGAUUGCAAUGUGGGGAGCUCCAGCUGACCCGACAGACGAAAAGCGAUCGAGCGACGAAAGUUGAUACAGUGACGGACGGACGGACCGUCUGUCUCCACGACAUUUUGAAUGGGGUAAAGCCUGGUCGGUCAAACCAGGCGGCGCUGUUGCGGGUGGCAGUGCAGGAGCAGAAGCGAACAGAGACGAAGCGGGACGCAACCGGGUUGGAGCACCGGCCCUGCUCAUCUCGACCGCAGCAGCAGCAGCCGAAGGAACGCGCGGCUGACUCUCUUGCUGUUGCUGUUCACGUGCUGGAGCGGCUCUGUACGUCGACCUGGUCGUUGGAGCCGUGGCCGGCGCAACUGCAACCAGGGGCUGACAUCCCGGCAUCCAUCAAGUGGACAGUCUACCAGACCAGCACGGCAUUCGUAAUGCUGUAG